GGCUCCAGCGAUCGGACGCGACCAGGUGACCUUCCAACCAACGCGUUGCCGCGACCUCGGGCUCCGCGUGCGCAUCGUCGGCACGGGCAACUACGUCCCCGAGCGAGUCGUGACCAACGAGGAGGUGACGGCGCGGGGUGGAGGCGGCUUCGAGGCCAGCACGGUUCGCUCGGGCGUCGCCGAGCGCCGCUUCGCCGCUCCGGGCGAGCGGGCGUCGACGAUGGCGGCCCACGCCUCGCGCGCCGCGCUCGAGGCGGCGGGCGUGCCGCCCGAGUCGCUGUGGAUGAUCGUCAACGCGAGCGGCACGAACGAGCAGGCCAUCCCCGACGGCGGGCCGCUGCUGCAGGCGGCGCUCGGGCUGGGCGGCUCAGGCAUCCGGAGCGUGAGCGUACACGCGACUUGCCUCUCCUUCCUCGUCGGCCUCGAGAUGGCGAGCUCCGCCCUCGAGCGGGCGGACUGCCCGCCGGGGGCACACGUCCUCGUCUGCUCCUCCGAGAUCACCUCGCGCCACGUCGACCCUUGCGACUCGCACACGGCGACUCUCUUCGGCGACGGAGCCGCCGCGUGCGUACUGCGCAGGGCGGGCUGGCGCGAGGGCUCGAGGCUGCACGCCGCGCGCGUCGAGACGUACGGCGAGGGCGCGGCGCUCACGCAGGCGCGCGGCGGCGGCACCAAUUUGCCGCAGCACUCGCCCGAGGACCACCACGCGCCCAACCCGGCGUCUGAUUACGCCGCCAACCACUUCGAGAUGGACGGGGCCGGCGCGCUGCGGCUGGUGCUGCAGCACGGGCGCGGCUUCAUGGAGCGGCUCUGGCCGGGCCUCUCGCGCAGCUUGGGCAGCAUCACGUGGGCGGUGCCGCACCAGGCGAGCGGGCUCGCGCUCGAGGCGAUCCUCGACGCGCUCGGCUGGCCGGCGGAGCGAGCGAUCCGCACGAUCGACACGCUCGGCAACUGCGUCGCCGCCUCCAUCCCGCUCACGCUCCACGAGGGCAUCGCCUCGGGCAAGAUCCGGCGCGGCGACAAGUGCGUGCUCUUUGGCACGGGCGCGGGCCUCUCCUUUGGAGGCAUCGUGCUGACCUACUGAGUACACUGCUGAGGGUGUGGGAAGGAUCUCUGCCCCCCUUGUGUCUUACGCGCGGCGGACAGCGCCGCGGCGGGGGCGGGGCGGUAGGCGCAAACCGUGGGGCGGUAGGCGCAAACACCGGGGACGCACUGGAGCCCGCACAGUCACGACCCUAUACACCUAGAUAGGACAGAGAGCAUACCGCUUGGCAGUUGGCUUGUUCUGUGUGUCUCUCCUGUGAAAGCAACAAAGAAC